GCGGUUCUAUCUCCGCCGACAUUCUUCACACUUUUGGCCCUACUCGUGGCUGCUUACUAUGUGAUUUCUGGGCUUUUUGGGCGGUACGCUACCCACCAGAGGUCCAGGAGCUUGGAGGUAAUGCAGCCUCUGCCGCCGCCGCCGCCGGCCCAGCUCGACGAAAUCCCCGAGCAGGAGCUGAAGCAGUACGACGGAUCUGAUCAUAAGGAACCUCUGCUUAUGGAUAUCAAUACGGAUUCAUGUACUCCUUCCUCUUCUCCUCUCAACCGUUCAUCUCCAUACGAUGUGUUUUUGAGUUUUAGAGGUGCGGAUACACGUAACAACUUCACUGGUCAUUUGUACACGUAUUUGGAUCAAAAGGGAGUUAAAACCUUCAUAGAUGACGAAGAGCUCAGAAAAGGAGAAGAGAUAUCAUCUGCACUUCUCAAAGCAAUAGAAGGGUCAAAGAUUUCUAUUGUCAUAUUCUCUGAAAACUACGCAUCCUCGAGUUGGUGCUUGGAUGAACUUGUUAAAAUUGUUGAAUGUAAGCAGCUGAAGCAACAAUUGGUAUGGCCGGUGUUCUACAAGGUGGAUCCCUCCGUUGUUCGGCACCAGAAUGGCAAGUAUGGUGAGGCACUUGCUAAACAUGAGCUUAGAUUCAGAGACAACAUGGACAAGGUCAAAAGAUGGAGGACGGCUCUUCGGGAUGUAGCAAACUUAUCAGGGUGGACUUUCUUGGACGGGCAUGAAGCUAGUUUCACUAGUAGCAUUGCUGAAGAGAUUUCAGCGCAAGUAGCAAAACGUAGCUAUUUUAAUGUGGCAAAGUAUCCAGUUGGAAUAGAGUCUCGUGUACAAGAUGUGCUUAAGCUUUUAGAUGUCGGGGGAAGUGAUGUUCGCAUGGUUGGCAUAUGGGGUAUUGGCGGGAUAGGCAAAACAACAGUUGCUAAAGCUUUAUUCAAUACGGUCCGCCAUAAGUUUGAAGGUUGGUGUUUCUUGGCAAAUGUUCGAGCAACUUCAGAACCCAAUCAGGGCCUAGUCCAGCUACAAAAUUACCUUCUUCAUGAGAUUUUUGGGGGGCAGAAAAUGGAGAUGAUCACUGAUGCUGAUAGAGGAAUCCAGGUGAUAAAGGAAAGAUUGAGUGGUAAAAGAGUUCUCUUAGUUCUUGACGAUGUAAAUGAAUUGAACCAGUUGGAAAAGUUAGCUGGAGGAUUUGAUUGGUUUGGUCGUGGCAGCAGAAUUAUCAUAACAACAAGAGAUAGACAAGUGCUAACCUCUCAUCAGGUCCAUGCAAUUUGCACUGCCCAGCCAUUAAAGAAUGAUGAAGCCCGUAACCUCUUGAUUUUGAAUGCCUUUAAGGAAAACCGAAAUCCAGAUGCGUGUGUGAAGUUCCCAAUUGAUACUGCUGUACGAGUUGCUCAUGGCCUUCCGUUAGCUAUAAACAUUUUAGGUUCACUUCUCUGUGGUAAGAGCAUAAAUCAAUGGCAUGAGGCAUUAUAUUAUCACAGCAGAUUUCCCAAUAGUGGUAUCCAAAAGGUCCUUGAAACAAGUUAUGAUGCAUUGGAAUAUCCGUUGAAAGAAGCAUUUCUGGACAUUGCAUGUUUCUUAAACGGUAAAGAAAAGGACUAUGUGAUGAAAGCACUAGAUAGUUGUUACCUUAACCCUAGCCAUGCCAUUGAAGUACUCGAAGAAAAGGCCCUCAUAAAUUUUGAUCAAUUUGGUCGGAUAUGGAUGCAUGACUUGCUGGAGGAAAUGGGAAAAGAGAAAGUUCGUGAAAAGUCACCAGAUGAUGCUGGCGGACGUAGCAGACUAUGGUUUCAUGAGGAUGUAAUUAGUGUUUUAACUGAAAAUACAGGUUCAGAAAAAGUUAAAGGCAUCAGAGUACAGCUACCAGGAGAAGACGAGAUACAGUUGAGUGAAAAAUGCUUCAAAAAGAUGAAACAUCUUCAGCUGUUUAUAAAUAUAAAUGCACGCUUCUCUGGAGAGAUUCGUUAUCUUCCAAAUCAGUUGAGGUUCCUUGAUUGGCCUGGAUUCCCAGCACAAUCUUUGCCAUCCGACUUCAAUCCAAAAAAACUAGUCCAGCUCAAUAUAUCAAACAGUCGCUUCUCACAGAUUGGGCAAGGACUCAAGAAUCUGCAAAAUUUGAAAUCGUUAAGCUUCAGAAGUUGCAGAUUCAUAACAGAGGUCCCAGACUUGUACGGAAGGUUCCCAAAUUUGGAGAGGUUGGAUUUAAGCGAGUGUACAAGUUUAGCUGAGUUGCAUCCUUCUGUUGGAUUCCUUGAUAAGCUUGUCGAGCUUCAUAUUGAGAGUUGUUGUAAGCUUAGGACGUUUCCAAGAAUAGUCAACAUGAAAUCUCUGGAAAGAAUUUCUUUUGAAGGCUGCAAGAGGCUGGAGGAUUUCCCAGAAAUCGUGGGAAGGAUGGAAUCCUUAACAAGAAUGAAUGUAUCUGGAACUGCCAUCAAAGAAUUGCCUUCAUCAAUUGGAUAUCAACUCUUUAAUCUUUCAGAAUUGCGUUUCUACCACUGUGAAAACCUUACGAGUCUGCCGCUCAGCAUGUAUCGAUUGCAACGGCUAUACUGGCUUGAAUUCAGAGGUUGCGCAAAACUGGCGCUAAAUCCAUUUUCUAACAUGGUGGAAUACUGUGAAGCGUCCAACGCAAACAUUUCAAAUCACGGCAAGCAAAUUUCAUCAGGAACAGACAGUGACGGUGAUGAUGAUGAUCAAGGCAAUUCUACGUUUCCUUCACUAAGGUACUUUUUUGGUAAUUUGCUUGUGACGCUUGGUUGUGCUUCCCCCGUAUUCAUGAUUGAUCUUUCGGACAGCAAUUUUGUUAGUCUUCCAGCUGGCCUUUCCAAACUAAACAACUUGGAGCAUCUUCUCUUAAAGCGGUGCAAGAACCUUCAAGAGGUUUCGGAACUUCCACCAAAUUUGAGAAAUUUAAAUGUCAGCGGUUGCGUAUCGUUGGAAAGAAUUGCAAAGCUAUCAAACAUUUUGAAACGUCAAGAAUCGCAAAUGCUCGAGAACCUGAACUUGAUCAAUUGCUGGAGACUCUGUGGCAAUCUGGUUCAGGAGGCAGAGAAAGAAAUUUGGUUACUGAAUGAUAAAAUUGAUGAUCAUCAUCAGGUGAAGGCUGAUUUCUUGUCUCUUAUUCUAUCUUCUCAGAAGUCUGCAUUCUGGGUUUACUUUCCAGCAAAUCAUGGAAUUCCGGACUGGCUGAGCUGUCGAAUUAUAGGUUUCAGAGAGGAUGGAGUGUAUGAAUUUGAUAUUCAUGUCCUUCCUAAUUUCAAAUGGGACAAUACAGGACUGGCCCUAUGGGUUGCUGAUGCUGCUACUACCACGUGGAGGCGAAGAUGGAAAUGCGAAAUAUUUAUUGACGAACUACGAGUAACUGAGACAGAUGAGAUCGUUGAUGGGGAGCUGCAUUAUGUUCCGUUCAAUUCAAUGGAUAUGAGUGGGUUUGGUGUUCAGCGUCCGGUGCCACCUUUUGAUUGUCGAGUUCGUAUACGAAAUCUCUAUCCACCACCCGGUUCAGAUGAGUUUCCCAAGAACGCCUGCGGAGUCCACCUGGCAAUGCCUCCUAAUGUAGAGUGUAUGAAAAUAUCCAGCCGUCCACCUGCUUUUGUAUAACUGCAUUCUCAAAACUUCAAAUAAAGGA